UUAAGCGUGUAAGGAUACAGCGGAGAGACACGUCGCUAGCAGGUGCAAUCACAAAUGCGAGGCGUAUGAUGGUAUAGCAUAUGGCGUUUACAAUUGUCUAACGUUAGAAAACUAGGCCACAAACUAUAACAUUGUGCUUUCACUGGAAUAAUGUCACGAGUGAGCGCUAUCUGCUGACCUCCUUUCACCAGAGUGACUUUUUGAAUCGAGUCCAUUCACUCUCCUACCAACAACAUGUCAGGUACCUACACACCAGCCCCUGGUGGGCCCUUCUCUGCUCUCACUCCGAGCAUGUGGCCCCAGGAUAUUUUGGCCAAGUACCAUCAAAAAGAACCCUCAGAACAGCCUGAACUCCAGUAUGAUGAGUUUGGCUUCAGAGUGGACCCUGAAGAUGAUGGGAAGCCCAGGUCCAGGCUUGGCACUGAAGGCUCCCCCCAGCGUGAAGACCCCCAGCAGCGACUGCGCUGGCAAGCCCACCUAGAGUUUACCCACAACCACACUGUGGGAGACCUGACCUGGGAUCUGAUUGAUCCUGUCCUCUCGCGCUCUGAGCGGCUGCGUUCCCUGGUGCUGGGGGGUAUCCCUCACAGCAUGAGACCACAGCUGUGGAUGCGCCUGGCUGGAGCGCUGCAGAAGAAAAGGACCUCUGAGAUCUCUUACAGAGAAAUCAUUAAGAACAGUUCCAAUGACGACUCCAGCACUUCUAAACAGAUAGACAAGGACCUGUUGCGGACGAUGCCAACCAACGCGUGUUUCUGUAGCAUGAGCAGUGUAGGAGUGCCGAGGCUGAAGCGGGUACUGAGAGCCCUGGCCUGGCUCUACCCAGACAUCGGGUACUGUCAGGGCACCGGCAUGGUGGUUUCUUGUCUGCUGCUCUUUCUGGAGGAGGAGGAUGUUCUAUGGAUGAUGUGUGCCCUGAUCGAAGACCUCCUCCCUCCAGCCUACUUUAGCUCCACUCUGCUGGGUGUCCAAACAGACCAGAGGGUUCUCCGCCAGCUCAUCGUUCAGUACCUGCCGGCCCUCGACCGUCUUCUGCAGGAGCAUGACAUAGAGUUGUCACUGAUCACACUUCACUGGUUCCUGACCUCAUUUGCCAGCGUGGUGGACAUCCGUCUGCUCCUAAGGAUCUGGGACUUACUCUUCUACCAGGGCUCGUUGAUUCUCUUUCAGAUCACACUGGGCAUGCUCAAGAUUAAGGAGGAGGAGCUUGUAUCGUCAGAGAACUCUGCGUCCAUCUUUAACACUCUGUCGGACCUGCCGAGCCAGCUGCGAGAUGGGCCCGCAGUUCUCGGGGAGGCUAUGAGGCUAGCAGGGUCGCUAACCCAGGAAACACUGGAAGCUCACCGGCACAAGCACCAAGCCUACAUCCUCAACGAACAGGCGCAGCUCAGCAAUGGAAACAACACAACAUACAACACCAAUCUCAACAAGGCGGUGAGGAGACAGUCUCUGCGCAGGAAGUCCACUCUGAGCUCCCUGCUGUUCGGGGAGGAUGAAGCAGAGGCCCUGAAGUCCAAGAACAUCAAGCAGACAGAGCUGGUGGCAGCCUUACGAGAGGCCAUCACCCGCACUGCAGAGCACUUUCACUGUCUGGACCCUCGGCACUCCAGCGCUGUGAGUUCUCACACUGCAGCACAGGGACAGUGUUCUAUCUAUAAAAUCCUAUGA